UGGAAGAUCAACGGUCAAAAACUAGAUUAAUUUUUCUAUUCAAAAUUCCAUUUCGACGGUCGUCUCACUCACCAGAACUAAGUAACCUGCAAAAGAUCUCACUUCUCUAUUACUGUUGCCAAGGUACUGAUUUAAAUGGCUGAAAAGAAAUCAUCUAUGAGGAAGCCAGUUUUUGCCAAGGUUGAUCAGCUGAGUCCUGGCACGAAUGGGCACAAUCUCAUCGUGAAGGUUUUGAGUUCGAAGAUGGUAUUGCAAAAGGGUAGGCCGGAUGGGCCUCGAGUUCAUCAGAUGCGUAUUGCUGAGUGUCUGGUUGGGGAUGAAACUGGGACGAUUUUGUUUACUGCUAGGAAUGAACAAGUGGAAACCAUGAAGCCUGAAACAACUGUAAUUCUGAGAAACGCCAAAAUUGACAUGUUCAAAGGAUCAAUGAGACUAGCUGUGGACAAAUGGGGGCGUGUGGAAGCAGCUGCUGAUCCUGCCACCUUCACUGUCAAAGAGGAAAAUAACCUUUCCCUGAUUGAAUAUGAAUUAGUAAACGUAGAGGGAUAUGAAGCUGCCAGCAUCCUUCUCUGAUUAGAUCAGCGUUCAUAAAGAAAUGCUGGGAAAUGAAGUGUGUUUAGGAGACUGCUUGUCGUUUUUGCGAAGAUGUUGAUCCCACCUCUACGAAAGAAGAUCCUAAGUAUUACUUGAUGGUAAGUACGCAUUGCAGCUGGACGUAAAAAGCAGGUAUCGUCGCAGCUUGGCUCACGGUCCAGACUUGCUUUAGUUUGUCUAUUCUAACGGCAUGGAUUCUCUCUUGUCAAGAAAUCAUGUCUUCUUGUAUGGAUGAAAGGAAUAACUUUGUACUUCUUCGUGUAAUGAACAACGUAUGAUAUACUUAUUCUACUUCGUAUCAUAAAUAUUUGCAAGUAUUCCUGGUCA